AUGAUGCUCAGUACAAUUGUUACAUUGGAUCCAAGAGAACAUCUUGUUGUAUUUGCGGACAAUUUACAAACAAUAGUUCUCUGGUUCGAUAGACAUUUAUUAAUCUAUAUUGAUAUUAAUCAAAAACAAUAUUUCUCAUCAACAUAUUUGAAAUGUAUUUCCACUGAACAACAUCAAAAUUCGAUUGUAUUACAUUUUGAUAAUGGAUCUCUUGUAUUAUGUCAAAUCGAAUUAGAUAAAUCCAAGAAAAAUGGAUCAGUCAACAUAAUUCCAUUGGAUUCAGUUGAUCUAUUUUGUUUCAAACAGAAUUGUUUAGCAACAAUGAAUAACGAACAAAAUCGAAUCAAUUUAUAUAAUAUUCAUUUACAAGUAUCCUAUAAAUCGAUUGAAUUAGAGAAUGAAUGUGAACAGAUAUGUUUACAUAAAUCAGCUAUGUAUAUUUUUAUUCUAAUCAAACCUCGUAUUCUGAACAUGUAUCGUAUUGAUGAUGGUCAACAAAUGGCUAAAUUAUUUCUCUAUGAUUUUGUUUCAUCAAUGAAAGUCAACAAUGAUUUUAUUGUUUUAGCUAUGAAUGAUCGACGUUUAUUGACAUUAAUGAUUGCUGAUCCAAAUGAUCCGAAUAUACAAGAAAAAAUUCAAGCGUUACCUAGCCGAAAUGAACGACUAGAAGUUCAAUCAGCAACAAUCAAACUCGUACAACAUAUCGAGAAGUGUGCUGAUAUGAAUUUGAACGAUGACAAUGCUACUACUCAAAGCAAUGGUGGUAAUCAAACAGAUAAUGAUGAUGAUGCUAGGAACGCCAGCCAUAGACGCCGCUAUAGUUACUUUUGUUAUGUUGAAAAUCUUUAUGAACCACAUUAUCCAGAAAUAAUGGAUGAUGCUACAAAUAUAGAUCCGGAUUUUAUGGCAAAAUUUUCGAAUAACCGAGAGUUUACCGAUAAGGAACCGUUUGGUCAUGAUUUGGACAUAGAAGAUCAUCAUAACGAUGGUACUGUUGAAUGUACUGAUUUGUCUUCGACAACAGUCGAGCAACAACAGACUGACAGUGAUCUAGAUGAUAUUCGUCAAAAAUCGUUCGAAUACGAACAAAAACAAUUGAAAGGUGUUCAAUUGGCCAAUGCAGGCAAAGAAAAUUUAAAAAUUAUUAAUAGUUAUUCGGUUACUUCGACAACGUGUAAUCUUCUUUGA